UUUGCGAUGCAUUGUGGCGCCACUGUGCGGUGGCCACGAGAAACGAUUUGGCAGGCGUCGCUCUCGCCGCGACAGACAGCCGCCGCACGCGAGACACGUGUGCAAGCAAGCAGCGUGUGAGUGAAAACCGCAACAACGUGUGCGCACAGUUUGUCGCCGUCCGCUAGCCAUGGAGCCCGCUGGUGACUGCUUUGUACCUGGAGGUUUCUUCAGCGUGACGAACGGCUGGAAAAAGCGCUUCGGUAACGUCAAAAUACCCACGGAAGCGCAGCUCGAAAAACACAUGGUGUCGAGCGGAGCGCGCUUCGCGCGACAGCAAAUGAAAGGAACGAUGUUCCAAGAAGAAGGAUACGUGCGCAACGUCAUGUACAACGACGUGUCAGCAGAAUCCACGUGCGGACUUUUGCGUAGUAUCUGCCUACCGUCAAUGAAAGGCGGCUAUUACAUCGUGCACGCCGCGAUUUCCAAGGCGUCGGGCUCCAUCCUGGCUGGUCAUUGCCUCUGCCCCGCAGGCCUGAGCGGCACAUGCCAACAUUUUGUUGGGUUAAUCCUUCAUGCCAUUCACUUGGCGCAAAAGGAUGCGGCAACGUGCACGGAAGUUCCAUGUGCUUGGAUUGUUCCUGCCCAAGUCAAAAAGCAUGAGCCACCUCUGCCUCUGCAAGACAUCACUUUUCACACAAGGAAACAUGAAGGUGCGAAAAGGCGGCGGUUUGAUCCACUGCCAGGGCUCUCACCGAGUGACCCAUCUCUGCUUGCUGCCGAUCUCGAAAAGGUGGCAGCAAACUGCCUGCUUCUCCAUUAUAUGAGCAAAGAAAACUCAGGAGAAUCACUUCACUAUAUUCCAGGAUGAACACAGUCCCAGUGAAGUGGCACCAGAAGCUUCAGACACUCCACUGGUCCCAGACAUUGAAGACAUCCACAGUGAGACCUGUCAAAGACUCAUACAAGAGAGGUUUGAUGGUAAGAAAGUCCACUUCCUUGUUUAUUACUUUUUUCGCAACUUUUUGUCUUGGCACGUGUCAUUCUGAGGCUGUCUCAUUUAUAUAAGAAUGCCCACCUAUGUCUCUGGGCAUCACCUUCACAAGUAUCCCACUGAGCAGCAGAUAAUGCAGCAGUCACUUUUAGACUUAGUGUCUUGUCAUUUCUUAACUUUUACAGGGCUGUCGCAUAACUCGAUGUGUGUGAGCACCCACAGGGUCCUCAAACAUAUCUGCUUCAUCUAUGGCAUGUUUGUGAAGCACUGUGUGAAUGUAUAAUGGAUGUUCCUUUAGCAUGAGUCCAUCACCUGGAUUCAUGCACGGCAUUUGUCAUAUAUAUAUGUUGACUGUGUUUUAGCAGAGCAUGGAAUUGAAAGCAUGCACAUUUGUCUUGCUCUUCUUGUUUUUAGGCAUGUUUAAAUACUUGCAAUACUGAACCAACUCUACGAUUUAGCUAUGUUGACCAGCAUAAUUAGCGAAAAAAAAAUAAAACAUAAUGAGCACAUGCAAGUUACAAGCUGCAGAAAAAUUCUUAUGUCACUGUGAAAGUAAGCUGUACA